CAAAUUUUCUUGAUCCUUCAAUUUUGUGAUCUCGAGAGUCGUCUUAAAUGUCGGAAUAAAAAAUAAAACAAAUUUAUACACGUAAAACAGACAAUAUUGCACUCAGAUUGCUAAAGAUUUCAAGUGAAGUUGUAGUUAAAUAUUCCCAGUGGUUACUGCAUCAAGUGGCUUUGCUAAUUUCGAGAUGUUUUAUUACCACGGAGACAUUGAGUCGCAAUAAUUGUAAAUAUUUGCCAAUUCUGCUAUUUGCUUGGUGUGAAGCUAAUACUGAAGUAGUGCGAGGUCAGCUCAGGAUGCCGUUGAUCGAAGGUAUAGGGGAUGAAGUUGUACAAUUUGUAGCUGUGGUGCUGGUGAUAGUUAUAGCAGCUGUGGCCUGGUGGUCUACCAACGCUCAGCCAGAUCGAUACCGAGCUGUGCUGGUGAUGCGUUCCAGGACAAACCACCCUGUCACCGUCAGCAUUCGAACUAGAUCGAAUUUGAUGAUAACAGCUGAACCGGCGCCUUCAAUACAAGCUGCCUUAUCAGACGGUCCAAUGCCGACGGCAGCCGAAGCAGCAAAUGAAGACACCUCGAGGGUCAUACCUCUUCAGGAGAUGGACAGCAUAGUGGACGCAGACAUGGCCAUGCUGGACAAUAACCGCCUGCAUUUCUAUAGAAGAGUUGAUUCAAACAACACACAGACCGCGCCCGAGUCGACGAGCGACGAGAGCGAAGUGCACGAGGAGGUGGAGCCCGCCAGUAACGCGCAGAUCCGGGAGAUGGACAGCAUCGUCAGCGCCAUGGAGGCUGACGUCACUGCCGGCUGCGACCUGUUCACUCGAGCUGGUGGUAAGUGUCUGUCAGACUGCCUCGCACACAACACACAGAGCAACGAGAGCGAAGUGCACGAGGAGGUGGAGCCCGCCAGUAACGCGCAGAUCCGGGAGAUGGACAGCAUCGUCAGCGCCAUGGAGGCUGACGUCACUGCCGGCUGCGACCUGUUCACUCGAGCUGGUGGUAAGUGUCUGUCAGACUGCCUCGCACACAACACACAGAGCAACGAGAGCGAAGUGCACGAGGAGGUGGAGCCCGCCAGUAACGCGCAGAUCCGGGAGAUGGACAGCAUCGUCAGCGCCAUGGAGGCUGACGUCACUGCCGGCUGCGACCUGUUCACUCGAGCUGGUGAACCAAAUCCAGCCACAGUGAUACCGACAGAUACGAAAAAAGAGAACGAUAAAGAGACCAGUGCCCCCUCCACAGCUAACGUAGAGAAAUCAUCAGAGACUGCAACCACAGACAAUGUAAUGCCCACAGAGGGCGCUGGUGACGUCACCGCGGAAGAACAAGAGAGUAGAAGGAUAUUGAUCAAGCUCAAGUACUUGAAUGACACCUUGAAAGAGGUUGAAGGCAGCCUCGAUGAGUUGCUGAAGGAUUUUAAAUGGCGUCACUUCUCGACGGAGCUGACAGCGGAAUGCCGCGUGCGGUUAAUCUUCAACGGCCGCGUGCUACUGGACGACGCGGCCACGUUACGCGCCUGCGGUCUACACGACCGCGCGGUUGUACACUGUCUUGUACAUCCUAAACGUACUGUUAAUCAGCAGCGUGGGUCCGGCGAGGAAGGCGCGGGCGCGGCCCCCGAGCUGGUGUCGGAGCGGGCGGCGCCGGAGCGGGCGUGGGACCUGGAGAACAUCCUCAUGACGCUCGUCUCCGUUGCUCUCACUGUCGUCUGGUUCUUCAGAUGCGAAUAUUCAAACUUAUUCACGGCGAGCGCGAGCUUAGCACUGUUCGGGCUGACAGUAUUCUACAGCGUGGCGAUAUUCGGCCUCUACCUCUCCGACACAUUCCAGUUCGACAGGCGGCCUCCCCAACCCGUGCCCGAUAACUAGACGAACAUCAUGCGGCCGAUCCCAAUAUUCCAUCUAUAGAUCGAACUGUUUACUAGAGAUAGUAUUUUGUCAUUAGCCCCAUACUAUUAACGUCAAACUUCUAUCUUUAUUAAGCAAAUCCACGGAUAGAUAGGUAGUUGGGAACGGCCGCUAGUGAAGUUAUACUAAGGUUUGUAAAUUAUAGAUAUGCCGCCUUUUGUACUGUGUUAAAAAGGUAGCGUUUGGAUCACGACUCGUGAGUAGCUCGGCCGACGUAGAUUGUCUAUGGAACGAGAAUCCUCAUUUCGCGUUGAUCAUAAUAAAUAAAUCUUUUUUUUUUUUUCAAAUAUGACGACGAAGGCAUAACGUGAUUUUGUGUAAGCCAGGGCAAAGAAGAGCAUUUUCUUUUCAUUUUGGUUCGUGACUCUGUUUAAAUUCACGAUAAGCAUUUAUCGUAGAAGUAUAUAAGGUUUUCUUUAUAUUUAAAAGAUGAUUAUUUAGUGUAAUUCUAUCAGUUUAAAUACAUGUGUGUAAGACCCAAUGGCUUACAAAAUUAUUUACUUGAGUGAAUGUCGCUAAGCUACUCACAGCAAAGUUAAAGCUCUAUAUGCAGGUCAUAUUGCUGUAUUAUCCUUUGAAAUUACUACCAAGCGCUUAUACUUUUAGUUAAAAUGAUAAUCAUUAAUUGGCUUAGCAAAGCAGUCAUGUAUAUAAAUAAAUAUUACAUAAACAUAGUAAUAGUCAAACAUAUUUAUCUGUGAAUGUAUACAAAAUCAUCUCCAGUUUUUGUUGAACGAAAACAUAAACGUAUGUUCACAUAAUAAUUACGAAAAUAUACCUUCUUGUAAACCUAUUUAAUGAUAAUAGUGUGGAAAAGUUAAUAUUAAAAUCAAAAUUUUCCAUUUUUACAUUGUAAAUACAA